AUGGAUGAGAAGAAAUACGGGUCUGAGCCCAAGCUGGCUCAGGCGACGGGCGAGCAGCUGCCGGCCUACGGCGUCUCAGAGCCCACCAAGGGCAGUCUGGGCCAACGGAUCAUAGAUAGCUUCAAGCGGGAUCCAAAUGCGCAUGUCACCGCUGGCCGUACAGCAGGCGCUGACGGUUCUGGAUUUGAUGCCGAGCAGGCUGCACAUAACACCGCGCACUCGCCGCUCCAGCGCCGCCUGAAGGGUCGUCACCUGCAGAUGAUCGCCAUUGGCGGUUCGAUCGGUACUGGUCUGUUCGUGGGAUCUGGCAGUGUCCUUGCUACCGGUGGCCCGGCCUCCGUCAUUAUUGCCUACGUCCUUAUUGGUAUCAUGCUGUACUGCACCGUCCACGCGCUGGGCGAGAUGGCUGUUUUGUUCCCCGUCGCUGGUUCUUUCUCGCAUUACUCAACCCGUUUCGUGGAUCCGGCUUGGGGUUUUGCUAUGGGUUGGAAUUAUGCUCUGCAGUGGCUCAUUGUCUUGCCUUUGGAAAUCGUCGCCGCAUCCAUCACGAUAGACUAUUGGAGUCCGGGUAUUUCGAACGCAGCCUGGGUAGCCAUAUUCUGGGUGCUGAUCGUCUCCAUCAACAUGUUUGGUGUCCGAGGCUACGGUGAGGCCGAAUUCGUGUUCUCAGCCAUCAAGGUUGUUGCCGUCAUUGGAUUCAUUAUUCUCGGUAUUGUCCUUAACUGCGGUGGUGGUCCUAAUGGAGGCUAUAUCGGCGGCAAGUACUGGCACGAUCCUGGUGCCUUCCACAAUGGUUUCAAGGGUCUCUGCAGUGUGUUCGUCAAUGCUGCCUUCGCCUUCGCUGGUACCGAGCUGGUUGGUCUGGCAGCUGCUGAAACUGCCAACCCCCGCAAGUCGCUUCCCACUGCAAUCAAGCAGGUCUUCUGGCGUAUUGCUCUCUUCUACGUCGUCUGCCUCACGCUGGUUGGACUCCUUGUCCCCUACAACACCGAGCGCCUUGUAAACGGAAGCUCGUCGGCCGACGCCCACGCCUCUCCUUUCGUCAUCGCCAUCGAAAACGCCGGUAUCACGGGCCUUCCCUCCGUCAUGAACGUCGUUAUCAUGAUUGCUGUGCUGUCCGUCGGUAACUCCUCCGUCUACGGUUCCUCUCGCACCCUGGCUGCCCUCGCCGAGCAGGGCCAGGCCCCCCGAUUCCUGGCCUACAUCGAUCGUAAGGGUCGCCCUCUCUGGUCGAUCUGCGUCGCCUCCGCCCUCGGCCUUCUCUGCUUCCUGGCUGCCUCGGAUAAGCAGACUACCGCCUUCAGCUGGAUGAUGGCUAUCUCCGGUCUGUCAUCUAUCUUCACCUGGGGAUCCGUCUGCUUUGCGCACAUCCGUUUCCGCCGUGCCUGGAAGAUCCAGGGCCACAGCCUGGACGAGCUGGCCUUCCGAUCCCAGCCCGGCGUCAUUGGCUCGUGGAUCGGGUUCAUCUUCAACGGUCUGGUGCUGAUCGCCCAGUUCUGGGUUGGCUUCGCUCCUGUGGGCUACGAGGAGAAGACUACCUCGGAGCUGGUGUAUUCUUUCUUCUCGAGCUACCUCGCCGCUCCUGUCGUGCUUGCGUUCUAUCUCCCUUACAAGUUCUACUACCGUACUAAGUUUGUCCGGUCUCAUGAAGUGGACCUCGACACUGGUCGCCGGGACCUGGAUAUCACAGAUCUGAUUCUACAGGAGAGAGCGGAGCAGGCUGAGUGGCCUAAGUGGAAGAAGUUCUAUAAGCUCUUCUGCUAG